GACGUUUUCCAGCGCACGCUUGUACGUGUCGACCAGUGCGCGACGUGGUCGAUUGGACGCACUCCCACGGAGUGGCUCGAGGGCUGGUUCAUGAAGUCACCGAUGGCGCACAUCAAGCGCGGAAAUGCGGAAGAGUUCUUCGCCUGGGCGUUCUUCAACAAGUACCCCUCGGAACUCAAGGAAGAACAAAAAAGCGAGAUGAGCGCAAUGCUGCAGGAAUGUGAGCGCCGAUACGAUUGGAGCUUUGCUGAAG